GAAAGCAAAUUUAUAUAGAAACAAAAACAAAGCAGACCAGUUCGAAAAUUAAUUCAAAAAUUUUUUACUUUCAAAAUCCACCUGUUACAACCUAUUUUAUUAGUUUUUUUCUGUUUCUAAAUUAUUAUACAAGAUAUAUAACUUUGUUAUUUUUUUAUUCAAUUGAGUCCAUUGUUCCCUUCAGUUUUACUCAUGCCAAUUAGUGAUCUUUUUGUAACUUCCGAUUAAAUCUUUCUAAGAUGAGUCAAUAUAAUUUAAGAAAUCCUGCUGUUAAAAGGUUAAUGCGAGAAGCUGAAGAACUCAGGUAUCCAACCUCUGAAUAUCAUGCACAACCGCUUGAGGAUAAUCUUUUUGAAUGGCAUUUCACUCUUAGUGGUCCACCAAAUACAGAAUUUGAAGGAGGAAUAUAUCAUGGCCGAAUUACGUUACCCCCCGAUUAUCCCAUGAAACCUCCUAGUAUUAUAUUAUUAACUCCUAAUGGGCGGUUUGAAACUAACAAAAAAAUUUGUCUCAGUAUCUCUGGUUAUCAUCCUGAGUCAUGGCAGCCAUCAUGGUCAAUAAGGACUGCAUUGUUGGCUAUUAUUGGCUUUUUACCUACUCACGGGAAUGGUGCUAUUGGUUCUCUUGAUUAUACUCCUGAAGAAAGGAAAGAAUUAGCGCUGAAAUCACGGAAUUGGAAAUGUCCUCAGUGUGGUAACAUUAAGCAGCAUUUAGCAGAAAAAAGUUGUGAUACAACAGAAAAUCAUAAAUUCCUAGAAAAUGAAGAACCUACAAUAAAAGAUGAAAAAUCGCCUCUUACAACAGAAUGUACUAACUCAGCAAUGUCAGAAACCUUUCCUUCAAAUGUUACCAAACCAGCUGUGUCAACCAAAAAUCCUGAUCUAACUGAAAAUAACAAUUUUUCUGUCGAUGUUGCUACUACUUCUGCUGUUCCGUCCAUUGGUUUACCAACAGAAAAUAUUUUAAGACACAGACAAAAUGUAUCAGAACUUGAAAACAGUGCAGUGACUGUUCAGACAAGUGUAACAAGACCUAUGUCUAACAAUUGGUCUUCCACGCUUAUGUGGGUUAUUGUUAUCUUGUUAGGAAUUUUAAUUUUAAGACGUAUUAUAUGUCAAUAGUUAGAUAUUUUUAAACAUGUUUAUUCAAUCUAUAUCUGCUUAAUAAAUCAUUUAUUUUAAAACAC